AUGCCAACGAUAUCGGUCGAUAAAAGGGAAUUAUUUGAUAGACUGGGAAGGGAAUAUUCCACUCAAGAAUUUGAUCAACUUUGCUUUGAAUUUGGAAUCGAAUUGGACGAGGAUACCACAGAGGAGGUGGCUGAGUUGACUAGGAAUAACCAGCCUUCUGAGCCUCCUCAACUCAAAAUUGAAAUCCCUGCCAAUCGCUAUGAUCUUCUCUGCAUUGAAGGUAUCGCCAGGGCUUUGAAUGUCUUCUUGGGGAGGCAAUCACCCCCAGUCUACACAGCUGCACCUGCAAAUCACACUAGAAAACUUAGAAUCGACAGCUCCACCAAAGACGUCAGGCCAUUCGCUGCUGCUGCUAUCCUCAGAGGCGUGCACUUCUCCCCUUCCUCGUAUGCCUCUUUCAUCGACCUCCAGGACAAACUACACUCAAACCUCUGCCGCAAACGUCAAUUCGUUGCUAUUGGUACUCAUGACUACGAUACUCUCGCACACACAGGCACCUUCACCUACCAAGGCACAAAACCUGAAAAUAUUCACUUUACUCCCCUUAACAAGGAUAAAGAGGUGGAUGGAUAUCAACUUAUGGACCUCUACUCACAAGACAAACAUAUCAGCAAGUUCCUCCACCUCAUCGACAAGUCCCCUGUCUACCCAACUAUCUACGACUCAAACAACACCCUCCUCUCUCUCCCCCCACUCAUCAACGGUGAUCACUCCAAGAUCAAGAUGUCUACUACAAACAUCUUUAUCGAGUGCACUGCCACUGAUGCCACCAAGUUGGAAAUGGUCCUCGACAUUAUCUGCGCCAUGUUCAGUGAGUAUACCGAGAAGCCGUAUGAAAUUGAGCAGGUGGAAGUGGUGAAUCCAGAUAAUACCACUCACCUCACCCCACCCCUUCAACCACGCCAAAUCAAAGCGCGUUCAUCCUACAUCAACUCUUGCACCGGUCUCACAACCACAGCCGCCGAGAUAGUUGGUUUGCUCAGCAAGAUGGGUUUACCAUCCACCGCGACUGGCGAAGCUGAGUACGACAUCAGCGUCACAAUCCCCAUCACACGCCCAGACAUACUUCACGAAUGUGACAUAAUGGAAGACGCUGCGAUUGCAUACGGCUUCAAUAACCUCCCGCGCACUUUCCCCAAGGCGUACACGGUCGCUGCCCCACUCCCCAUCAACAAGCUGAGUGAUAUUAUGCGCCGCGAGGCUGCUAUGGCGGGGGGGACAGAGGUCCUUCCACUCAUCCUCUGCUCGCGGGAUGAGAACUGCGCAUACCUCAACAGGCACCCUGACGAACUCAAACAUGCUGUCCACCUCGCUAAUCCGAAAACACUCGAGUAUCAGGUCGUUAGAACGUCCCUCCUCCCCGGUUUACUCAAAACAAUACGCGAGAAUAAACAUCACGCCCUGCCUAUCAAGGUGUUCGAGACCUCUGAUGUAGCUUUUGUUGAUCAAGGGCUGGAAAGAAAGUCGAAGAAUGAGAGGAGAGUAGGUGGUGUGUAUAACGAUAAGAAGGGUUCUUUUGAAGUGGCACACGGAUUACUUGAUAGACUGCUCAAUAUGCUCGCUGUUCACUUCCUGCCAUCUGAUACUCGUAAAGAGGCUGAAAAAGGUUACUAUAUCGUCGAAAGCGAUAACCCUACUUACUUCCCUGGUCGCGCUGCUUCCAUUGUCUACAGACCUCCUCCGUCUGACGAUCAAGAUAAUGAUGGCGCUUUCGCCUCACUCAAAUCAACCCUCGCUCAUGCCCUCCCCGACUCACUCAAAGAUCUCGUCAAUUCCAGAGAUAGAGUCAUCGGCUCUCUCGGUAUCGUUCAUCCUGACGUGUUGAAUCACUUUGAAAUCAAAAAUCCUUGUUCGGCGUUUGAGUUUAAUUUGCAAGAGUUUUUGUAA